CGUGAUGUCACACAUUUCCUGCUCCGAGCCAACCAAUGCCCUCCUCCUUCCUCCAGCCACCUGUACACCGAAGUUGAGACCGGUCACAGCUCAGGCGGCCCAAGAAGCUUCUACCACAAGAAAUGAAAACUGGCUGGCUACUGCUACUUUAAAAGCCCCAAACACCUUUGAACAGGUUUUUCUCUUGGGUGGCCCUUAGAACAUCUUGACCUGUUCCUGAGGAAAUACUGCUUCCCUGAGUUUCCUGAUCCCCACUCAGUCAUGAACCAACCAGACCUCGCUGAUGACCCAGAUCCCAGCCUUGAGCCCCUGUGUACGGUAUGCGGCCAAAACCACUCCCCAGAAGAAAACCACUUCUACACCUACACGGAAGACGUGGACGACGACCUCAUCUGCCACAUCUGCCUGCAAGCAUUGCUGGACCCUCUGGACACUCCCUGCGGGCACACCUACUGUACCCUGUGUCUCACCAACUUCCUGGUGGAGAAGGACUUCUGCCCCGUGGAUCGCAAGCCUGUGGUUCUGCAGCACUGCAAGAAGUCCAGCAUCCUGGUCAACAAGCUUCUUAACAAGCUCUUGGUCACCUGCCCGUUCCCAGAGCACUGCACCGAGGUGCUGCAGCGCUGCGAUCUCCAGCAUCAUUUCCACACAAGCAUCCAGGAACAAGGUUGA